AUGCUGGAUAAUGUGGCUGUUGCGCCGCCGCGCAUUCUCUCUAGUGUGCGCGCACCUGCACCUGCAGCACUGGUGAUGUUGCUGAAGAUUUUUGGGGUGCAACAGCUUGCACAACUUUCUGAAGGUAGCCUCGUGGCUUCGCACUCUCUUCUUACGAAGCAGUGGCUCGACGAACGCACAAACGGGCAGCUGCAGCACGAUCCCGCCAGUCAUGAAAAAAAUUCAAAUUACCGGGGUGGCACAGUUUUUCUCGACUCCAGUCACGCGUCUCCAAGCAGGAAGGACUUUUUUGGCGCUGAAAACCAGGCGGACUCCUCUGGAAAAGAAGAAGCUGCAGGCACGGAAAAAUCGGCGCAAAAAGUGUCUGCAGAAGCCCUGAGCGAUGCAGCUCCUUCUGAUGUAGUGGAAGACGAAAAGGCGAAUCCCGAUGAGGACGACGGAAAGCAAGAGCCCGACCAGGCUGGAACUGCCACUGACACUGCACCGUAUGAAGUUGAAGAAAGCGAAGGUAUUGUGUCCUCAGAACAAGCUACCCCGCCCGAUGCAGAAGAAGAUGCCUCCUCGGGCGGCGAGUUUGCAGCAAGUGCCGGGGAUGAUGGGGAGCCAGCAUUUUCCACUCCGGAGGACGAGAGCAGCAAGACGGAGUCGGAGACCUACAACACUGGCUACAACGAAACGAUAACAGAACAAAAUAUCGAAGACGCCGCUGCGACGGCAUCGGCAGAGUCAUCAAACUCCGAGGGCGAAGUUGAAAAAGAAGCCAGCGAGACGGAGGCUUCUGCGGAUGAACCGACACCAGUUUCUGCUGACUCCUCUGACGACGGGUCGAGUCCGGGGGGACCGAGCAAUCCGUCUUCUGCAAGCGCAACUGAUCAUGGCGACGGACUUUCUUCGUCCUAUUCCUCUAGCAGUAAAUCAGAACAGUCAUUGCAGUCAUAUUCCUCCCAGUCUGGCGGAAGUCCGUACAUUUUGGACGAGGUGUAGACUAGCUCGUUUAUUCCUUUUCCCAUGAAAAAAUAUGUCCUUUCCGGUCUCCUUCCAUCGCGUGUUUGUAGUUUCGCCGGAGCUGACCUGGAUUUUCUACCACCAGGGUUUUAGUAACACUGCUUUCCCUUCUUUCAUUUUAUUGUGUGAUCAUAGUGUCCAAUUGUCGUGUUGUUCGAGACAUAUCCGUACCUAACCCUAAAAUUGAAUCUGAGAUCGCGGCCACAACGAAUUCCGCCAUUGUCUCGCACGUGACCGAGCACCUCCUACGCGAUGGGCAGUUUCAGUCCAAGCUGAGCCAGGCGAUUCUGCAGCAGGACAGCUUCCGGGGGCAGUUUGUCGGCUGCUUGCAAAAGCGCGUGGUGGACGCGCUGGAAAGUGACCCGGAGUUUGUUCGGGACACACAAGAUCUGCUGAUCCCUCAACUGCUCGACUACUUGUUGGCCCAGAACUACCGGCACUGGCGCGGCGAGAUCAUGGAGACUCUGAUCAACAGCAGUAAGUUUCAAACUUCCGUCUAUGCCCAUAUGGGACGAUAAUUUUCAAGCGUUACAUUGUUUGCUGUAGUCAGUACAUGAUUUGUCAUGCAAAAUUUCAAUCAGCAUGAGCAUCAGCAUCCAUAUCCAACACCAACUCCAAGCUACUUCGCAUGGCAUCAAAUUCUUGAAGGGCCAAACAGCAUGGAAAUCUGUGUCGAAUUUGUAAUGCGAGAGGUGCACCAGCAGCAGCCUCAUUCUGAUCGCUUUCACUUUUAUUGCCAUUUUUGUCUUACCAAUUCACAUUCCAGCUUACAAUGUAACGCUUGAGAACUCCAUAGCGCACCUGGUCGACGUGACGGCACAGGAAGCGACGCACAAUUCCCCACCGCCGAGUUUCCAGAACCCGGACUCCGGCGCAAACUACGACUCGGUCGACAACUACAAAGGGUUGCAGACGGUAGAUUCCUCUUCACAGGGCACCGACGUCUACUACAAAGAUACUGAAUCCUCCUCGCCCCUCAACGCGGUGCCAACGCAAGAAACGUCGCAGGGCCCGGUGGUGUCGGUUACAAAGUCAAGCUCAUCUUCCGCCAGCGUCUUUCUGCAGCUGCGACUGGAGGAGGAAGAGGGGGCUAGCGGAAGAAACUCCCAAACCGCAUCAAUGCAGGAGGUGAUCGAGAUGAACGAAGGUGAACGUCGGCGUAAUAAAGAGGGGUCGGAUGCCGCGGAUUCAGCUUUCGGUGAAGGAAGGCAGGACCUCUCCAGUCUGGUUUUGAAACCGCACGAGACGGGCGAAGAUGCAUCGAGGACAUCGAGGAAGCAAGCUACUAGUUUACGAAACGCCUACCAGAAUUACAAGGCGAAGACUUCUGCGUCGACAGGCCUCCCGAUGUCAGCGCCUUCGAAGAACAAAAAGGAGCAUAGCAGUGGAGGGAGGACGUCAGCGUCACCCAAGAAGCUGCCAGGAGGCCACCAGCCGCACGGCGGGGUCAAAGCGAAGAUCGAGGGCACCGACGAGCCGAUGCAACGCCAACGCUCCCAGCAGCACGACAUCGAGCUACGGGGGCAUAGUGAAAAACAAAAACAGGGAGAAAUUGAUAGCUUACGUCAGCGCCUCCACGAUAUCGAACGUCUUCGAGAGGAGAUCCAGCUGGAACACACGAAGACGAAGGAACUCAAGAGAAGCGACAUGAUUGCCAGCUCAACAGCUGCGAAAGGGACGUCGAGAGCAAAUGUUCGCGGCGGGGAACAGCUGAUAAGAACCACGCGCGCAGCCGAUGCGGUGGUCGCGCAGAAAUUGAAUGCAGUUUCCGGCAAGGCAAGCGAGCAAAUUGCUGAAGCUGAAAAUGACUCACAAGGGCACGACGAGGCGAGUCGGAAUAGUUCCGAUGCGGCUGCUAGCGGCGAUAUCAUGUCACCAGAGAUUGAUGAAACUGCAAAAGGCGCUGUCGACCACGGUGAGCUUCCAGCCAAUUUUGAAGAAGAGUUUGCGUCGGCGUUCUCACAAGCCGAAAGCGAGGGACCGGCAUCUUCUGCGACGCCCGAACAGACCCACUCCGCUGUCUCAAUGUCGGCAACUGGACGUGGCAUGUCAGGAAUGACCAAGCACGAUUUUGGAGACAUUGCUGCAAAGGCAGUCAAGACCACGGGUGCCGGAAGUAAUACUGGUACUAGCUCCUCGUUGUUUGCAGACGGGUACCAUUCCGGAUCGCAGAUAGGAGGAAGUAGCGCAAUCGGUGAAAACUACUACGACCAGUUUCAUCAUGCGGUCGUCCCUGCUCCGACGCACAGACCUAGCCCAUUGGACAGCGGCUACCGGGGCAGCGGCGCGGCGUACCAUGCUAGUGGUGCUAGCUACGGCGGAACCUCCCUCGCCUCGGACACCUACGCACCUGCUCACCAACAGCGUGGCGGCAACACCCGCAACCUCCCUGGCCUGGUGGGAGAUCAACGGCCAAAGUCCAGCGCCCAGGUCGGUGGCCACGGACACGAGUACGAUAGCCGGCCGAUGUCCUCGUCGGACUACUACGCCCCAGCCCCGGCCCGGCUCCCCCGCGUUGAUAUGACCAUCGACCUGGCGGGCAUUUUUCGUCGCAGCAUCGAAGAGAAUCUGGUCCGAGACGACCGAUUGGUCGCACUGGUGGAAGGCAGCCGCGCUGCGAUGGACGAGUUGGGGGCCAGUUUGGUGAAGGACCACCGCACGCGCGACGCAAUCGUGUCCGAAAUGGACGGUAAGCGCGAUCUGUGGAAUCACAUUUUGCAGGAGCACAGCACCGGGCUCUCUGCCAAGGAAACCCUGAUCGAGCUGCUUGGCCGGCAACUCGUGGCGGACCCGAACUUCAUCGGCGACUUGGCGGAAAACCUGAUCCGUGCAGAGGACAAGGUGUCGCACAAAUAUUGGAUGUCGCCGUCGCUGAUGCAGCUCGACACCGGGAGCCAAAAGGACGCUCUGUUGCGUGCCCUGCGCCGCCUAGAGGCCAGGAUCUUACUCGGUGACAAGAAGGAAGCCGUGGCUUUCCAAGGUGGUCUCACAGCGGCGCACGAACAGGCUUCUUCAUCUCUCCGCUUGCUGACCGCCGAUCCCCCGACCCGAGUGACAAACUUUGAAAAGCCCAAUAAUCAGUGGCAGGGGCAGCGGCUACAACGAGAAAGUAAAAUCAUAGAGGAUGGCGCAAAAAUGAAGCAGCGCCAGGAUGGGUCUGAAGAAUUUUCACCAGCGCGACGCGGCGGAGGAGCAAGUGUAGCAGAGAUACCAUCGGUUUCAUCAUCCCAAGAUCAGCAGCGCCAGCGGCAGGCACGCUCAAGCCGCCCAUCGAGUCUGAACCUCGCAGCGACGGAGUUACGCCGUAAGGAGGAACUUCCAUUUAUCUUUUCGGACCUUGUUGGCGGGGGAUCAACACCCGAUCCUGAAGCAGAUGAGAAGACACGAAGCUCAACUUCAUUACGAAAUGCAAACAAGCCGGAACAAGAUGUCGCACAUACCCCGCAGGAGCAGCUGACCGGGGCUUUGCCAACCGCGUCGACGACGGCAUUGCUGCACAAAGUGAAUGCGGACAUCAGGCAGCACCGAGGGCAGGCGUUCAAUUCAUCAACCGCAUUCAAUGCGGACGACUACUACGAGCCCAGUGCAAAGGAGCUUUCCGGCGCCACAGCGCCGCUGUUUUCCGAUCGAAUUGCGCGCAGCCUUGAAGAGGAUCCCAAGCUGCUGCAGGCCAUCACCGCCCGUCAUUACAAGAUGAAGGAGGUAGCCUGCACGUUGGCCCGGCACAUCGCAAAAAUCAAGGUUGCGCCGGUAAAUGAACGAAAGCUUUUGAUGGUUCUUCUUCUACUUUCUUUUUGUUGCUUGUUAUUUUUAGGAAUAAACCCGGCGAUGGUGCCUGUAUUCCAAGUACGACUAGCUGACGGCGAGAUUUAGAUUAGAACACGAAAAUGCAAACAACAAAAACGACAAGAAUCUAUGCAAGCAAAAAAAAACUCUGAGAGCUACGUGAAGACUCUUUCUGCGGCUUUCGUUGCGAGUUCGAAAUUGCUGACAGCGGAGGCGGCUGCCCGAAUUUUGGAAAACUUUUCCACGCGUGAUGUCGGAGCGAUGGUAAAACGAUACGCAGUUCUUCAAACGAAAACUCAUGCCCUGGGGUGUAAUUUUUUUGCAUUCUGCCAUAGGCUCUCAUUGAGGUCGGACCAUGACUCUCUCACCCAUGCCACAUUUCGCGAUUCUUUCUUCAAUCACAUGCACGUGUUGUAUAUCUACUUUUUUUUUCAAUUUCAAUUCACAAUAAAACAAAAACAGCUAGAGAACCCGCAGAAGUGUGUGCCAUCCGCACGGGACUCGUGUCUGGGCGGGCGACUGCAGACGCUGGUUGCCACCGUCAUCGCCUAUUCGGAAAUGGACCCGCAGGUCCGCCAACACCAGCCCCGCCUACGCAGCUCUGUGCCUCCGCCGCGGCCCCACCAUCGUCCGCUCUCCAAUCCGGACUUCGACUACUUAGCCAUCGAGGGCACGGGAAGGCAGGGCAGGCAAGGCGGCAUGUACCCUUCAACGUCAAAGACCACUUCCAGUAGCGCUGGCAGCUAUGGAAGCGCCCUCGGCCUGCCCAUGGCGGAACACGCCGGCAACGACGGGCCCGCGCCGUCGCUUCCUCAGGUCGGCUUAGUGGAUACGAUGUCGCACAAUUUCUACGACAAUAAACCGCGUGCAUUGCCGUCGACGCCGGUUUUGGAUGGAGCGCCGAGAACUUCAUCGACGAAUGGUGCAGGUACACAGGCAUCACCAGCACCUUCAAAAAGCUCGAAAAUCUCAGAACGGGGCGAUUUCGGCCUUCUCCGACCGGCUGUAGACAACACUGCGAACAGCAGCAAGGGCACGCCCAGUCCUGUAGUAUUCUCAUCCGCAGCGCCAUUGGUUGCCGCCUCGUCCAACCUCCCAGCGUCAGGAAGAAGCACGAGCUCCAGUGUUGGCACCAGUCGUGCUAGUUCGGUCACGAGUGAGAAUGAUGUCACGGGCAAGCUCAAAAUCACGCAUCUUACUCGGGAUCAUGUUCGCCCUGUGCCCGGCACCACGACAGGGAGGACAGGAGGUAGAGCAGAAAAGGAGGACGACGUGGAGGUCUUGAACAGGCUGAAUCAGAAUGCCGAAGCGAAGAGGCAGUUAGAGGAAGGAAGGAGUGCUGGGGGCGACAAAGGAGGUGUUGUAAGGGCAGCAGAGAAAGGCCGAGAGACGACGACCGGUCGGGAGCCGCCCAAGAAAACCGUACAGUUUGACCUGGUGCGUUCAUCUUCCCCAACUCCAACUGCAGCGAGUCGUUGAUCUUCGCCUCGUCGAAUGUACAAAGUAACAGGUGGACAACUUCUUCCUUGAAUGGUAUUAAUUUUUUCAUGCGCGUUGGAAGCGUAGUACUAGAACUAGAAGCCGCGUACCGUGAUUUUUCAGAGUUUGAUGUUACUAGAAACAAACAAGCCGCUAUCUUGCGACCUCUUGAUCAAAAAUCCACGAGUGGUGUAAAAACUCGUCCGCGUACCUUUGAAUCAGAAACCAGAAGCCGAAAAAACUGUGUAUCCGUUGUCACUUUCAAUUAUUCCAAGUACAUUGCUGCACUAGAUUCUUCUUCCAAGAAUGAAGAGGGAACUGUUCGCCUUGCUCACCGGUCAAUCACGUUUCACUGUACAAAAACGACUGUGGGAGCAGAGACGACACUGGCCAUCUAUACCGCAUUUUUAUUUUUUUUGAAAAAUGAUAUAUGAAUGAAAGAAUCUUCGAAGUCGAUUACGAUUUCAAACCCUUGUACAAUCUGAAAACCGUACAGAAGCAAGUAGAAAAAUGAACCAAAUGAAGAUGACAAGUAGAGAACAUGCACGAACUACAUCAUACAU